AUGGAUAUCAAAGCCAAGACAGUUUAUAAACGAUGGCGGUCCACCCCGGAACAAGUUAACAUCUUGUUGAACAUCUUCAACCAUGGGAUCAUUAAUCCUAGUCGAGAUCAAAUUCGCGAGAUUACAGAACGACUCAAGGAGUACGGAGAAGUUGGAGAAUAUAGCGUCUAUUGUUGGUUUCAAAACCAUGGAAAUCGGGUGAAGCAUCGACGCUUGCCGCAAGACGUCCCUGGUACAUCUGAACCUUCAUAUUCCCUCCUUCCGUCGUUUAUGUAUGCCAUGGCAUCUCAAGCAUUCUCCGUCAACUUCUUCCUCGUUGCUCUCAUCGCAGCACUUUUCUUCGCCGUGGCCACCGCUGAAGAAUUAUCUCCGGCCCCGGCACCGGGACCUGAUGCCGGAGCAGGCGCUUCCGUGUCAAGCUCGAUGGCCGUGAUUGGAGCUUCGAUUGUGGUUUCAAUGUUUGCGAUAUUGAAGCAGUGA